UCGCAGUGCACUGACAAAACUAGACAAAAUGGCAGAGCGCAGACGUUGCUGAGACGCAUACAGAUCUUUGGUAGAGAUCCAAAUUCAGCCUAGAAAAUUGUCGAAUAGUUUUUAAAAUAGUGCUAUUGAACAAUGAGUGGGCGGCCACAUAUUGAGUGAUAAGCGGUGUUAGUGAUACAUAUGCUGAUUAUGAACAGUGAAAAUAAGUGAACACUCGAGCUUUGUGUAAUUUCAGAAAGCUAAAUACUUCCUAUCUAUGUGAUUAGGCAAAGGUUAUUCAAUAACUUCUGGAGUAUACCGUCGAUGAUGCGGUGGUAGCGGGGAAGGAAUGGAAAUUUUCUCGGCUGCUGGAAAUUAGGGGUCCAAGGUAAGUUAGUUCAAAGAGGCAAAAUGAUUCGACAACAUUUCGAGCAGCCGCCUCUGGACUAUCAGCAGCAGCAACAACAGCAGCAGCAUCAACAACAACUACAGCUUCAAGCAACUCAACAACAGCAGCAAAUUUCUAAAAUAGUCAGUAGUCCCCCGCCGACGAUUAUUGGCACACCCAACGGCACAACAAUGUGUGUGGCAAAGCUUAUUGUUGGGUUAGAUCAUGCCCCGAUGGCUUUCAAUGUACGCCAAAGAGUUAUUGGCGAUGGGGGCACGAAUCUUAAUUACAUACGCUCUGAAACUGGAGCAAUAGUCACACUUAGAGGUCGAGGGUCACUUACUAUCGAGCCGCAAACUGGUCUGGAAGCUCCAGAACCCCUGCAGUUAUGUAUUGAACAUCCCACAUUGGAAGGGUUUCAACAAGCGAAGCAGCUUGCUAAAAACUUAAUCGAAACUCUGCAGGAAGAACUAACUUUGUUCCAAGAAAAUAUUGCCCCGAAGCAAAAUUUUCAGUUACUCUCGCAGCCAGCGCUAGUCCAAACUACUCAGGUGCCUCAAAUGGCACCAAUGAUCCGUGCUCAGCACAUUACACAGCCAAAUGGUAUGAUGCAUCAACCUCCACCCCCGGUGAUACAACAAGGGUUUGUGCAACACCCGCAAAGUCAGCCGCCACCACCCCAGAUCAUACAACAACCACCAACAAUAAUCCAGUCGCAUGUGCCGGUGCAAAUACACCAGCAACCUAGCAACGUCGUUAUUUCACAAAUUCAAACUGCUCCGCAGUUGACUAACGUGAAUAAUCCACCUCCAGGGACGCAAAUACGACCGUCUAUAAUGCAGAUCAAGAACACAAUGCCUCCUCAUCUUUCGCAACCUCCACCCAGUAUGCAAAUCUCACAGCCAGCGGAGGCACCACAGCAAAUUCUAGUAAAUCAAGCCCCGCCCUAUCAGGUACAGUACAUUCAGCAAAAUCCUCCGAUUCAAACUAGCAGCGGACCACAUCCUGCGGGCCAGGUAACGAUUCAGCACGUCAUUCAACCGCAACCACAGCCAAUUCAAGGAAUUAUGCAAACCACACUCCCUCCGCCACAGUUUGACCAAUUUCAGCGGCCACCGCAAGGACAACAGAUAAUAACCGUGCAAGGGAGCACAUCAUUCAUGGUUCCCCCUCCCAAUAUCGUACAUCAAACAAUGGCUCCCCAACCACCAAACCAAAUAAUCGUUCAGUCGCAACCAAUGAUUACCCAUCCGCCUCCAAAUUCAAUGCAUCAGGAGUUGAUACAGUCAGGAAUGCAACCUCCGAUGGGACCGCCUCCAAUGGCGCAGGUUCCGAUGGUAGUCAACGGAACAGACGAUAAGAAGCCAGGGGAAAUGCAUUUGAAGCCCGAUCAAAUAAAGCUCGAGGAAGGUCCACCUCCGGGUACCAUCAUUCAGCAAAUUACGAAACAAAGUGUGAUUCCUGUUUCUUCGAUGCAAAGCAUUUCAUUGAGUCAGCCCCCGCCCCCUAUUAUGUCUGUUCCACCGCCGACUGUGCAGCAUAUCGUUGGAAAUACGAUUAUUACAUCGCAACCGAAUCAUUCCAUCAGUCAUGCUAUUCCGCAGCAAAUCUACAAUCAAAUACCGGUUUCGAUUCAAUCUUUUCAAUCGCCUCCACAACAAAUUCACGUGAACGGUGGAACACAUUUUGUUGUCAAUACCCCCCAACCAUGGCCCCCCAAUGGAGCUGGACCACCGCCCCAAAUUCAGCAAGUUCCGGUCAGUUCAGUGCAAAAUAUUCAGUUUGCCCCACAGCCGAUGCGUAAUCCGAAUGAGAUUCAAUUUAUUAGCACACCUGCAAUCAUAAGCGCAGCUGAAUAUCGACCCCCGCAGCAGCACAUAAUUACGACUAGCUCUUUUAAUCCCCAAAUGCAGCCACCUCAAGGAGUGCAAGUGAUUCAUACGGUUCCUCCACCGCACCAGCAAAUAAUAACAAGCAUACCUAAUGCUCAGCCACAAAUCAUCGAAGCACCUCCCCAUUCAGUGCCCCCGCCACACCCUGGGGCGACACAUCAAAUCAUUACAACACCAGUUCCCCCGCCACCUGCACCGUUCACUACGGUGCAAUAUACGACGACACACCAUGAUCCGAAGCAAUCUAUGGAAAUGCAGCAGCACCAGCAAAUAGUAAUGCGUCCGGGACAGAAGCGCAAACAUCCCGAAGAUGAUUCGCACAAAAACAUCCCUCCCAAGAUGGGCAUGGGGAUGAAUCUGAACAGCGGCUCGGUGACGGCGAAAAGCACGAUGUCUGCAUCGUCGACGGCAACGGUUACGACGUCGUCGACGUCCGGCGGUCUAAUAACAUCGCAAAUUUCUUCAAGCCCUACAGAUGAGUUGCAAAAUCCGGAAAAUGUUGGACCUAAGUCGGGAAACGAGCUGCAGUCCGACGGCGAGCAAAGCGUCGAAAACUUUGGCGCUAUCGGCGUCGGCAGCAGCAACAACAAUAUCAACAGCAACAACAGCACUCAUCAUAGUGGACCGAAACAGCCGCAGCAACAGUCGACUGGAGGAAACAAUAGACCACGGGGAUCGUACCGCGGCAAUCAACCAUAUUACGUGAACAAUAGUGGUAACGGACGAAACAAUAACAACGGCAGUUAUCAGCUGAACAGUUACCACAGAAAUUUCGAACCUACGUCGCAGCCCCCACCACCGCCAAAGUGUCGGUGGUAGAUAUUAUUUGCUUCCAUUUCUUGGAACUGUAUAUGAAGCUUGGAUAAGAGAUCCUUUCUUGUGUUGACGAUGAUUUUUAUAUCUGUGAAAUACAUUAGCGAGUUAAAAGGCUAGUUCUUGUGCCGAUCAUUAUAGGAAACAUUUGAAUCGUAUCUCUAUCCUGUACUGUAGAAUAAUGUUUGAAACAAACAAACAAUUCUGGCAAGUUAGAAUGUGUUAUUUAAAAAUAGAUAUUAUUUUGCUGAUAA